AUUACCGUAUUUACAGAACUAAUAAACAGUUUGUAAUUAUUUUAGAUAAGUAAAGUGGCUGACAUACAUGCGCGCAUUUAUAAAAUAAAGUUUCGCACUCAGUUCUGUUUGGAAAGGGAAAGUGAAAGUAUACCUAACAGGUACCUACUAAGGACGGAACUAGUCAAUGUUGUGCGAUUGUUGAAAUACCGGAGGAGGACCGUUUCGAGAUCGAUACAAAUUGGGACCUACUUUUGGCGAACGCCAUCGAUCUUCUCAGGAAUGGCAACCGACUUUAGCGCAGGAAAGAUCCCGCCGAUGUACCGCGAGAUUUUCGAAGCGUGCUCUUCCGAUGGGGAUCCGAUACACAGGGACAUUUUUCGGGACCUGCUCGCCUGUGGAAAUCUCGACAGCGCGACGUUGAAAGUCAUUUGGGAUUUGACUGGCCCCGCUCAGGGACCGAUCACAAGGACCAAUCUGUACAAGGCACUUUCCUUAAUUGGUUGGGCGCAAGAAGGGAAAGUCCCUUCGACGAAGCUUUUCGAAAAUUUUAGCGCGAGAGAAUAUCCGACGCCGCGCCUACGCGAUUUGGCGUGCAUCAGUAAUGCAAAGGCCCAAAUCCACGCGCAAGCUAGUUUGAACAAACUGGGGGUGUCCUAUAAUGACAUCAAACAAUUAGAUACAAUAAAUAUCGACUUGGUGCCCGAAAAGAAAGGUCUUAUCCUAAAAUACUCUGAAUACCUGGUGUCUUCCAGAAGAUUUGGUUCGAAAGUCACGAGGAGAUAUAACGACUUCUUUGCAUUAUACGAGUUGCUACUGGCUAGAUUUCCUUACAGGGUCGUCCCGAGACUUCCCCCCAAGAAAAUUUUGGUCCUAGAUUCCCACUUUCUCGAAUCGAGAAGAAGGGCGCUUCAAAGGUGGCUGACGCUGGUCUCACGUCAUCCCACGAUUUGCCACGAUUCGAUCGUAUCAUUUUUCCUAACGGACCUCGGUCCGGACCUGCAAUACCGCAUUAGGGAUGUUUUCCGUCGCGUUCCGGACGAGUUUAUGACUUCGGACCUGGCCGCGACCGCGAAGAAUCUCCUACCGAACGACUGUUCCGAGUUCGCCAAUAAUCGCGAGCAGGUUCGCACGUUGGUGCAGGUUAUAAGUCGACUGAAACAGCUCGCCGAUGCCGACGUCGAACGAAGCCAGGCCUAUGCGAGAGACUCGGAAGAGAUGGCCAACCAACUUAAAAUGCUCGCCGGUAUAAAUCCGGAGCAGCUGACGAGCGGUCAUUGGAAGCACAUGCAGAAGGGCUUCUCCUCGUUGUCGCAGGAGCUGCUAUCGGUACCCAGCAGGACUAAUUACCACGCGAGUGCGGGACAAAUUUCGGUUUGUGAACGGCUGGGGUUGCUUUUGGAGGUUCUCGUUGGGCAUAGAGAUUUAUGUGAUAGACUGGAACGUGGCUUGGCGCACGAUCACCAAGCGGCUUUGGCCAAGAUGCUCUCUUUAAAGAAGAGAAGGAUACAAGGUGUUAUACGAGGCACAGAUAGCGAAAGUGUCGAACAACUGGAGGCGAGAAUGUUGGCGCAAGAAAAUAUUAUAUCCAACAUGGAGUUGAGAUCUGACUUUAGCCUCUACUGUGUUCAUAUGGAAACGCAGCUAGUGCACGCUUACUUGGAGACACUAUCCGCAAUUUUUAACAAUUUCGUUUGCUUGCAUACCCGAGCUCAUAGCGAGCUCGCAGACCUAUGGAAGGAGGUGCGCCCAACGGUUGAAAAGUACUUUUGUAUCGAUGAAACUGAAAUCAAUGGUGCUAAUUUUAGCUAGCGUGGAACGAUACAUCCAUCUUAUUUGUUCGGGAAUGAUUCUUACUUAAUACCUUAUGAUAUUUUAUAAAUAAACUAUUUAUGUACCUAUUCGUUGUUAUUACUAGGUAUAUAUUUUAUGGAUUGUUAAAUAAAUGUUUUUAACUAUU